AUGGGCGACCACGUACUCUUCUUCUACGGAACCCUCAUGGCGCCUCAAAUCCUGCACAAAGUAAUCCACGGCCAGGAGAACCCAGAACCCUGGCAAAAAGCCAUGCUCCGCUUCCAACCCGCCAUUCUACAUGGCUAUCGCCGACAUCGCGUGCAGAAUGCCGAUUACCCAGGUAUUGUGGCAGUUCCAGAUCUAGCCCCCGAAACGGAAAAGCCAGCUGCGCCGAACAUCAGCGCUGGGACAUCAGUCGUGGGAACUCUCGUGUCGGGACUGACUGACGGCGAUGUUCACCGGCUGGAUAGGUUUGAGGGCUCUGAGUAUGAGAAGAGACCGGUUAUUGUGCGCACCCUGCGGGAAGUUCGUGGUGGUGAUAGCAGUCAUGUUGGCGAGGGAGCUACUGCUAAAAACCAGCUGCGCGAAAUGCCGAAUGCGACGGGUGCUGAGAGUGCUGAUGAGGGGGAGGGGGUUUCGGCUGUGGCUUAUGUAUAUACAGCUGGGAAGGAUAUGCUUGAGGAUACGGAGUGGGAUUUUGAGUCGUUCAAGAGGGAUAAGAUGGCGUGGUGGGUUGGGAUUGGGGCGGAUGAGAGUAAGUGGUAG